AUGCAUAUUUUUGUUCUAAUUCUAGGUGAAUGGCGUGGAGAGAGGAGAAUGCUGGAUAUUACGAGAGACAAACCUGUAAAGGUGUGCGUCCGAGUUGUCGUGCCUGUUCGAGACCAUCCGAAGUUCAACUUCGUAGGUAAACUGUUAGGUCCGAAAGGCAACUCUCUGAAACGUCUGCAAGAAGACACGAUGUGCAAAAUGGCCGUCCUAGGACGAGGUUCUAUGAAAGAUCGCCAAAAGGAGGAGGAGCUCCGUGUCUCCGGAGAUCCAAAGUUCGCUCAUCUAUCAGAUGAACUUCACGUUGAAAUCAGCGCAUUCGCGACACCAGCAGAAGCUCACGCCCGAAUCGCGUACGCUCUCGCAGAAUUACGAAGGUUCUUGGUGCCUGAUUACAAUGACGAUAUUCGACAAGAGCAAAUGUUGGAGAUGCAAAUAUUGUCUUCUCAAAACGAACAACGGCGUCUCACUCCGCCUGACUCAUCAAGAAGUGGUAGCGAGGAAGCUCUGCCAUUACGAGAUAAUGUUGCCAAACAACGAAUACCAACAACACCAGUGACUCAAACACUACCAGCCGCAAUUGCUGUCAAUCAUAGCAGUGCAAGGGACUUCUCCCCCCCAGCACCAACUCCUGCUCCCGAACACUUGGCCCAUCAUCAGCUUGCUUCUGCCCACGCGAAUCACGGAGUUUUAGUCGGAGGUGGAGUUAUCCAGCAGCCACCGACCCAUCAUUUACUCACACAAAACUCAAUUCUAGGUGGUGGUGAUAUCCUGGGUCUAAGCAGCCCAGUUCUAGGUGGUAUGAUCCACGCUCAUCCCGCACUCCGAGGUGUCAAACCAGCUGCUGUCCACGCGCUAGCAUCGCAAGGUGCGGGUGGGGUGGGUGGGAGCGGUCGCAAGCGGCCGUUGCUCGGCGCUCGGGCCGCUAUGUCGCCGACUAAGAGAGCGGUUAUGACGCUGUUGGCUCGAGCUAGGGCCGCCACUCACAAGCAUACGCCGCAGUGGCCCACACACGAACACGCAACCCUUCUUCCACUUAUAAGAGAUGAUUUCGUGACCGGAGUUGGAGUUAAUAUCAACUUAGCAUAA